AUGGUUGAUGCUGGUUACUGUUUUAUUUACAUAGACAUAGGUGCAAAUGGACCAGCAAGCGAUAGUGCAAUAUUUAGAGAUAGUACGUUGAAUAUUGUGAUGGAAAACAAGACCCUUGGCUUGCCUGAAUAUAGCAUUAUUAUUGGAGAUGAUGCUUUCUCUUUGAGGACAAAUCUCAUGAAACCGUACAGUGAAAUAGGUCUUAGUGCUGGCGAAAAAAUAUUUAAUUACCGUCUUUCCCGUGCCAGACGGGUCGUAGAAAAUGCCUUUUGCAUACUAGUAUGGCGAUUUAGAAUAUUUUCGAGACCGAUUGAUUUGUCGCCGGAAAACAAUAGAUUAAGUCAGUGGGCUGGUUGUUGUCUUUAUAACUGGCUAAGACUGAUCCUGGUAAUUACAUGCCACAACAAGCAGUGGAUGGAGAGACUUGAAUACCGCAAAUAUCACACCUGGACUUUGGAGGGAAAAUGCUAA